ACGGCAGCUCGAGAAUGACGGCAUUUCACUAUUCGGCAGCCUAGGACUUCCGUUUAUAUAUCGCAGAGCCCUUUUUUACGUUAAACGUUAGCAUUCAAAUCACCUGGAAAGUGUCAAUAUUUGCUCAAAUACAAUGGGAAUAGAGGAUGAAACGGACCGGACGCUCUUCAUAAGAAAUUUAGAUCCAAGAGUGACGGAGGAGCUUUUGUUCGAACUGUUUUUACAGGCAGGACCUCUCAUCAAAACUAAAAUCCCAAAAGACUCGGAUGGGAAACAGAAAACCUUUGGUUUUGCCGUUUACAGACACGAAGUGUCCGUGCCGUAUGCCAUGCAGCUACUCAACGGGACAUCGCUGUUUGGGAGAACUAUUCAUGUGCAGUUCAGAUCAGGUAGCAGUCAUAGCAGCAGUCCAGGGAACUCGCAGAAUUCAAGUCCUGCAAAUACCCCAAAUCCUCACGGCCAGAGGACUCCGAUCCAGUUCAGUUCUCCACCAUAUACUCCUCCCCAAAUGCAGAGGUCCUUUUCGUCUCCCGAUAAUCUGCAGAAGCAUGUCAUGAUGAGCAACAUGAUGUGGCAGCUCCACAUGCAGCAGCUCGAGCAGGUGAACGGCGGCUUCUCCAAGCCUCUGCAGAGGCAGCCGCCUGCAGGUGGAAAUUCUGGUGGAGCUGGCUCAAGGCACCACGACAACAGCCCCUAUCGGCAUCAUCCGUUCCACAUGAACAGUGGCAGCAGAAGCCAGCGCCACGCAGACGAAUCAGGAUCCGGCCGUCAUCAGCCACACGGCCACAGCCGGGACAGCUAUCACCACCAGAGCGACCGGAGCGGCAACCGUCAGCAUGACAGCAGAGGUGGAAACAGACAUCAUGACGACAGGAGCGGCAGCCGCGGCUACCAAGAUAGUAGAUGGCGACGGUACUGAUACAUGCUAAGGAUUUCUCUAAAGACUUGGGUUCUUCACAAAUUUGUGCGCAGCUUCAUAAAGAAGAGCAUUAAUUAUGUUGAUAAAUUCACAUGUGUACUCAGGUUGUUUGUACAUGAUCCUACCAGUCUGAAGAUUUAAUAACGUAUGCCUUAGAGCCAUUUUUGUUUACUUUUAAGGCAUUUUUAAAUUUGUAAACCACUUUCAUGUGAGUUUUUCCUCACGGAUGUCCCUCUAAAUAUUUAGAGGGGAAGAACUGUAUUAUCAUGAGAGCAAGGACAAGAAAAAAAAAAAAAAAAAAAAUCAGGCAUGACUGAUCAUAUUCGGGACAAAAGACUUGCAAAAAAAGAUUUAAGAUAUUGGCCAGUUUUUAUGUUAUGCAAAUAGUCUUUAAAUGGUGCUUCCAGAAUUUUUAAUUCUUCAGGUAUUUUUCAAAAAACAACAGUGUCAGCUAAACAUUCACCAGCACCACUUUUACUGCAGUAGGGCACCAUCCUUUCUUAUUGUAAGAACAGUUGACCUUGCUCUUUCUACAAAUGGCUUUAUUUUAUUUUUUUAUUCUGAGUCUGUAAGACAAACUGUUUUACAAUGAACAUUUUCAUUAUUAUAAAACUCCUUUCAUUGA